GGGGGGAUGUUUUGGAAUUUCUUUUUCAUCUUUGAAAUACAGAUGCGGCAGUUAUAUCUUACUUCUGACACCAAUUAACGUCUAAUUCUUGGCAGUAUCGUGAACCAACAUUUCUUUCCUCUAUUCACAGGAAGAUGCCGUCUAAACUUCGUUACGUCGUCCUCGCCGCAUGUUUUCUCGUCAACUUCAUCGUCAUCGGAUUCGCCGUCGGGCUCGGCGUCAUUUUCGUCGAGCUGGUGAACCUGUUCGGAACAAGUCGGGCGCAAAUGGCCUUCAUGCAAUCGCUUUGCGGGGGGUUAAUCUUUGCAGGGGCACUAAUUUCUUCCCCUUUCGUGCGAAGAUUCGGAACUACAACGUGCUGUUUGGUUGGAGGGUUUAUGUCCACUGUCAGUGUCAUGGCCGCCUCUUUUUUGAGCAGUAUACCCGGUCUGAUCAGCCUCAUUGGAGUCGUGGCGGGGUUCAGCCUUUCAUUUUGUCACCUCGUGUCAUACGUGACAAUCCGCCAAGUGUUCUGUGAUAGGGCUGGGUUUGGCGAAGCGGUGAUCAUGGCAGGAGGGGGGCUGGGGGCGUUCUGCAUGCCGAUGAUCAAUACCUUUCUCCUGGAAGAAUUCGGCUGGAGGGGAACCUUUCUGUUACUCAGUGGUCUGUUGUUUAACAUCUGCCUGUUAGGAAUAGUCACCCACACAUUCAAACGACUCUGCCUUCAGUCCGAUCGCUGUGACAAAGAUGUCGAUGUUCAUUCAGAGAAUGGAAGAAAGGAAGAACAAACUCAAUAUAUGGAUGGACAGUUUGAACAUUACGUCGGUGAAACCAGCUGUAGUGUUUUACCAGCAUUAUGCAUCAUAUGCAAGAAGAAAGACUUAUGUGUCACUGUUGGACACAAACGAGUUAAAGACAAGCUAAUACAAGCAGAAACUGAGUCAGCUGGUCAGUUGCGAGAAGCAGCCACUCAGAAGUGUGAUGAAACAAUUCUACUUCACAUUCGAGACAAGGAUUGUGUAGCUAUUGAAGAUGUUGUUUAUCUGGCAUCAAAUGGAAGAAGACAAACUCCAAAAUCUUUAGCCUUGGGUCUCACAGUCCAACAUUUGAUUGGUUCUUGUCAGCUGUUAGAUAUUCUGAAUAGAUUUGGCCACUGUGCUUCAUUGUUGGUUAUGAGACAAGCCUGGCCCAACUCCAACUUGAGACAGGUGGAGACAUUCCCAAAGGUUUUGAAAAGCAAACACCCACUGUAA